CGACUGUCUGCAUUCUACAUCACAUCGUGAUUUUUAUAUUUUUCUACCCGGCAUUUUUAUUUAAUAACUUUUCAUCCUCAAAAUGCAUUUAAUAACAUCGACUAAAAUGUUUACACCUUCUGUGGUUAGAAACGUUGUUUCCAGAUGUUUUGCCAAUGGACCACCAAAAGUUGAAAAAACUAUAAAUACAGUCACUCUUUUGGGACGUGUUGGUGCCGAUCCCCAACUCAAAGGCAACAAAGAACAUCCCGUUGUCACAUUUUCUGUGGCAACACACAACAAUUACAAAUAUGAAAGUGGCGAUUGGGCACAACGCACCGAUUGGCAUCGUGUUGUUGUCUUUAAGCCAGCUCUUCGAGAAACUGUUAUGGAAUACCUUAAAAAAGGCCAACGCACUUUGAUUCAGGGAAGGAUAACUUACGGAGAAAUUACAGACCAAUCAGGCGCGCAAAGACCGAGUACGAGUAUCAUUGCCGAUGAUAUUGUCUUCUUUAGAGAGAACCAAAACCAGAGUUAA